AUGGUGCAAACUUCAACAGAAGUUGCAAUUGGGGAUCUAGCUGAAGGUGCUGAUACUGCCAACAUGACUCCUGCCACUAUUCCUACUUCGGCUCCUGUUCUUGCCAUUGACUCUGCUCCUCUGGUCCCCCAAGCCAAUGUCCAUGUCGUUUCUACUAAGGUGCCCCCCAACAAUGCUGACACUCUUUCCGCCAUCUUAUUAGCUCACUUUUCUUAUUUUCUACAUCGUUGCACCAAGUGUCAAGCCUUAGGGUCGAGGCAUUCCCCCUUAGAAGAGAGCCCUCAGAAGGAAGAGUGUCCUCGGGAGGAAGAGAACCUCGGGAAAGAGGGUCCUCGGGCGAAGAGAACACUCAGGAAAAGAGUCUUCGAGGGGGAGAGAUCCCUCGAGAAAAAGAGUGUGCUUUCUUCUCCUCGCUCUUUUUUCUGUGUUGUUACUCUGAAUUUUUGUCAAAUGUGGCAUCUUGGGGGAAGGAUCUACCCCUUUGCUUCAUCUUUCUUUGGUAGGGAAAGAAAAACACUGAGGAAAUAUUUUGCCGAGGACACGUGUCGAAUUUUCAUAGGUCCUCAGGAUCUCUUGGUCCAAUAUUUCGUCUUUGCCAGAGGGCAUCUCAGGCCGAGUGUCCCAUCAUGCUCUGAGGAGACAUGUCAAUCAUCAGAGAAUAAGAGGGAUGUUGACGUCGAGGGCACGUAUGGGUAA